GGCUCUUCAACACGCACACACAUCCUUACUCUUUCUUCUGAUGCUAUGCGACGUGAGGUGAAGUCGGCAAGGGGCCACAUCCCUCGCCCCAUACGAGCUUCUCACUCGUGACUCAUGUCGGAGAAGCACUCAACAUUUCGGGUCAUCGAAGGACCGGGCUCAUGACAACAUGCGAUCCCGAUUCAGCAAGCCGUCGUCUGAGUCAGCAGCAUUACAAUUCAGGGUCCAAUUCUGAGCAGCUUGCGAUUUACCAAUCCUUCAUCCUUGUGCACAUAGACUGACUUGUCAAGCUGUUGGCUUCCGUAUGGGCUCAUAUCCAACUCGACGUUGCCACGCCGCUGCUCUGAUCGAGCCCAGCGGAAAUCUUUUUCGGUCUUUGCUGGCUCCUGCAGCUCUCCUUUCCUAUCCGGCGAACCGCGUUACAGCAAAAUGUCGGGGAUCGGGCUCAGCGCUCCACCGCCGUGGCUCGACGAGUUGUUGUCCGUCAUACCGUCGAUGCCGCUACCCGAACAUGAGCACUCGAAAGGACGACGUCCGCACCUCACUUCAAAAAUUGCCGACUUGCAUUGUCAUCCUGCCUUGGAAGCGGCUUUGCAUCUGGCCAAUGGUGACUUGUACUCUGCUCACUUUUUGGUCAGAAAGAGUCAAGGCGGGGCUAAAGAGCUAGAUUGGGGUCACGCCAUCCUACACAGGCUAGAGGGCGAUUACGGGAAUGCAAAAUGUUGGUACACAGACCUUUCUCAGCUCCAAAAUUCCCACAUUUACACUCAAUUUUGGGAAGGGCAGAGCGUGACACCCGGUCAAUUUGUGGACCUGUCCGCUUUCUGGCACGCCUCGUCACAGAACCGCUGGCAAGGCAGCGCAGCUCAACUCAUCUACGAGAGCUCGAGCAAGCACUCGAAGAUCAAAGACGCAUUCUCUUUGCCACAGCUGAAGGACUUCGAGAGCGGCAGUCGUAGCCCCCCUCUGUGCAAAAGGGACGUAGAGGAGCUUUCUAGAUCGGAGAUCCGCGCCAUGGUCGAAGGUCUUGCCGCACACCACGGCUGGGUCGCGUUGGGCUACGAAGAGAGCUGGAAGGCGAUUGAAGAGCAAAAAGGAGGCCAGAAAGGCUCCAUCGAACACAAUGCGGAAAGUAUGAUACUAGGCCAAUCUCGGCGCGAAUUCUAG